AUGCGUAACGGCCGAGGCGAAAGUCACAUCGUUUGUGCUUGUGGCAGGAACUUGCCACAUGAGCUUCAGUCUAGGGAGAGGGAAGAGUGGGACCGAGGCGCUGAAGUCGCACUGCUGAAGACACAAGAAUCGCCCGACAUGGCUGCCACAGUGACGGUGUGGCUCUGUCUUGCUGCACUCUGUGGACUGGCGUCUCCUUAUGCGCUGUUCUGCUGUGACCAUGUCUUGCCUUGUCUGCACCAGUGCCUAUACCCAACGCCAAAGCCUACUUACCCAACACAAAGACCAACAUGGCCAACUUACCCAACACAAAGGCCAACAUACGAACCAUGUCCAACAUACCCAACACAAAGGCCAACAUACCCAACUCAAAUACCAACAUGGCCACCAUACCCUCCAUGUCCAACAUACCCAACACAAAGGCCAACAUACCCAACUCAAAUACCAACAUGGCCAACAUACCCAACACAAAGGCCAACAUACCCAACUCAAAUACCAACAUGGCCAACAUACCCUCCAUGUCCAACAUACCCAACACAAAGGCCAACAUACCCAACUCAAAUACCAACAUGGCCAACAUACUCUCCAUGUGCAAUAUACCCAACACAAAGGCCAACAUACCCAACUCAAAUACCAACAUGGCCAACAUACCCUCCAUGUCCAACAUACCCAACACAAAGACCAACAUGGCCACCUUACCCAACAUACCAACCAUGUCAAACAUACCCAACUCAAAUACCAACAUGGCCAACAUACCCAACGCAAAUACCAACAUGGCCAACAUAUCCAACACAAAGACCAACAUACCCAACUCAAAUACCAACAUGGCCAACAUAUCCACCCUGUCCAACAUACCCAACGCAAAUACCAACAUGGCCAACAUAUCCACCCUGUCCAACAUACCCAACGCAAAUACCAACAUGGCCAACAUACCCUCCAGCGUGGCCAACGAAGCCAAGUCCCUGCGGUCAUUACCACCAGACUGUAUGCCCUUAUGCUGGUCGAAAGAAGCGUAGCAACGGACAGAGGAGAUGCUCGUUGGAAGGCCACUGUCCCCACGGUUACUCCUGCUGCCCUAAUGGGUGCCCUGGAAAGAGAGUGUGUGUGCUGAGUUCGCCCUCUUAUGCCCCUGACCCGCAGACCCACGAGACAUACCCACAUCGCCAGGUGAACGUGAGCCUCAUCUUCACCACAGCCAGCACCUUAUCUCACUGGCUGCUUCAAUACCAGGUGCUGCCCGUCCAAUCAGCACUCCCCGCGUACGUCAGCUUGGAGCAAGUUCCCUUCAGCAACGUGGAUCAGAGCGGUGAGUGCCCGUACGGUAGCUCUGAGUGCCUGGGUAACAUGCUAGUGUCGUGCGUCGUUUGGCAUAUGCAGAAUCAGAGUGCCGCCCUCUCGUUCGCCUCCUGCCUCACGGCGAACACGACGCUGCUGAAGGGAGGGAGUGCGACGCCCGUGCUGAAGAAGGCGCUGAAGUGUAUGGAAGACCAACCCAAAGUCUGGAACAAAGUGGCGACUUGUGUGAGCACUGAAGAGGGUCCGAAUCUCCUUAUGGCCGCUAGGAACCGACAGAAGGAGUUUGGAGUCGCAUACAAUGGGAAUCCGAUCGUGGCCUUCAAUGGGGAGGUGGUCAUUUCGAAUGUCGAAGAUCUAGACAAGUUUAUGGAAUUCGUUUGCUUCCGCCUCCGGGACAACAAGAAAGUUCAGAGUACCUGCAGGUACCUCCUCCAAGACACGAAUGUAGUGACCUAAGAGUCAGAUUUGACCUGACCUAAGUUGGACUGUGUUCUUACCUUAAACAUAUAAUUUUUUUUUUUUUUUUUUA